AUGAAAAAUAUAAAUCUUUUUACAGGUCAAAAAUAUGUGGAACUAUGGGUAAACGAUAGUAUCAGCCUCAGCUGCUCAUCGAAGAAUGCCUCCAAUUUAGUGGUCCAUAAGAGUGGAGAUGAAGAGAGAGGGUGCUUAAAUAAUAAGGAAACCGAUCUGUUAUUAAGCUUCAAAGCGGAUAGUCAGAUUUUUAUUACGGAACCAGAGACUGAUCUGAAAAGUGAUGGUAACUAUCUAAUUAUUCCGUGCAGAACAAAUCGCAUGGUCAGCGAUGACCAAGUGCGUUUACAUGUGCAGCGCUCCUUGUUACAAGAUGUACUUUAUGAUCCUAGAAAAGGCUUCAUUAUCGAACUGGAUCGAUUACAGAAUUUGAAGUCCACAAAAUUCCGUUGCUCUUAUCGACAACACAUUUCUCAAGAAUUCACGUACGCUGGUAGCGCGCGAAACCGGCGACCAAUGAUUUUGGCAAAAGAGUGGGCUGUGGUCGAAGAUAAAUUAACCGUGGAAUGUCUCAUCCAGGUCGAUGAUGAUCCAUCGCAAUAUUAUUUCCACUGGUAUCCGCCGGAAGAGGUUUGA